UGUGUACGAGUGGCUUGCAGGAGAGUAACAUUGGAGAAGCUAAAAUAGAUUCAAAGUCUGCUCCAGGAUUAUUGCUUAUUAGAGCUUCUCCACUUCUCCAGUGGCUUCAACUACUGAAAACAUGCAGGCAGCAGCGAUGUCCAGAAAAAAGAGCAAAUCCAAGAAGCAUAAGAAAGAGCGAAAGAAACGCAGAUCAUCACCGUCGUCCAGCGAGGAUCAGAGAAAAGAGGACAUGGAGAGACACAGAGGCAGUACCAGGGACAAGAGCAAGCGUGUGAGAAGCACAAGGCCUGAUUCUCCAAGAUCAUCUAGAGACAUCAUGGCGAGAAGUGAAAAGUACAAAAAUUCGGAAGGAGAAAGCAGAAAGGCGAAAUCAGAAGUAAAUAAAGACUCUCGUGGCCGAGAGCGCAGCUCAGUGAAGGACUCUUCCUCAGAAGCUUCUACAUCUACCUCAAGAACGAGCUCCAGAAGCCAAAUCCCUAAAGCACCAGCAAAAGACUUGGGUAGGAGAAGGUCUUCUUUAAGUGAGCCUGGAAAGAGUGCAGCUGAGGCAGAAGAAAAGAGAAGAAAACGAAGGGCAUCAAAAGAAGAUGAUCACCCAGUCGACAAGCGAAGAUCCAGCAAAGAACCAGCAGAUGUUUGCAAAGAACCAGCAGAUGUUUGCAAAGAACCAGCAGAUGAUGGCAAGCCAGAGAGACUUGAGAAAGUGGCGAAGGGGUGCAGGAGGCCAAAUGAAGAACGUGUCGCAGAAUGGAAAAGCAGCGGUCGUGAGAAAAUCCAGAGCCAACCCACGUCCAAACGCAUAACGUCUUCACUUACACCAGAUAUCAGACAGAAAACAGAGGGCAAAGGUCCUCCUGAGUCACCCUCAUCCUCCAGUGACAAGCCAUUAACGCCGUCUUCUUCCUCUUCUUCUUCUCUUAAAAUCUCUUUUAAGAUCCCGAAGAAGUCUAGUCUUGUAAAAGUAGAGACGAGUUGGAGAAAUGCUGCAAAGUCUCCCAUCACCAGCAAGACUUCGAAAAUGAUAGACUCUCCAGCUAUGAAGGUUACCCCAGAACACACUAGAUUGAGGUCUACAAGGUUCCUAGAGGUUCCUUCUCCGGUUCCUUCUCCGGUUCCUUCUCCAGUUCCUUGCUAUGCUUCUUCUCCAGUCCAGCUAGAGCAGACGAGCAGAAUGAACGAGACCCAGAGCAGCAGUAACGCUUCGGUAGAACAUGCUAGCUGUCCUGAUGUUUCUACAGAGAGCACGGAAACCACCAAUGACGAUUUCGAGAUGCAGAUAGCUGAAGAGUUGCACCUGGCCCGCUCUAACAAACAACUGCAUACGAAUGUGGAGAAAAGUUACGGAGAGCUGACCAGCAUGGACGUCGACCCGGCAACCGAGAGCUCCACCAUCGCACUCGGUUUUGUGUCUCGAACAAGUCAGAAGCAAUACCAGGACCUGCUCAUUGUGCUCGACACCAAUGUUCUCCUCAGCCAUCUCGACUUUGUGAAGAAGAUUCAAUCCCAUGGGCUUGGAGCUCUGGGAUUCCCAACACUCCUGGUUCCCUGGGUGGUUCUUCAGGAGCUCGACUCGUUGAAAAGUGGCAAACUGUCUAAGAACGUUGAAAAAAAAGCCCGGCCAGCUGUUGACUACAUCUACACCUCGCUGAAGAACCAAGAGCCGCGUCUCUGGGGCCAAUCCAUGCAGCAAGUAUCUCAAGCUGCCUGCGGCCUGAAGGCCGAGAAUAACGAUGACCGAGUGCUGCAGUGCUGCCUGCAGUACAAGAUGUUGUAUCCAGAGGGCACUAUCAUGCUGUGCACGAACGAUAAGAACCUGUGCAGUAAAGCGCUGCUGAGCGGAAUCCAGGCUUUGAGUAAAGCCGAUCUACAGGAGCAAGCGGAAGUGAACCCCGAGCUCCUACAUCAACGCUACAGCCACACUUCUGCUUCUCCACAUCACUCAACACCCUAUAAACCACCCCAGGAAGUUGUCGAAGCGGAGAAGGCAGAAAGGUCAUGCGGAGAGGUGGAGGAGAGCAGGAGAAAGGAGACGGAGAGGGAAUUGAGCGAGUGCGUGUCUUUGCUGGAGAGCAGCCUGCAGAGCGCCCUGUCGGCCGUCCUGGAGGAGGAGAUGGAGGCUGCGUACGAAGAGCUAUGGCUAGAGAUAGUCUACGUGAAGCCUCCCUGGAGUCUCGAGGCUUUGUUUCAGUGUUUUGAGAAGCACUGGAUCGCUGUGUUUGGAGCCAUUCUCAGAAGAAGUCUGAUCAAUUGUGUGAAGACGCUUAGCAGUUUUUUCCACACAAAUGUGUCUGUGAAGUGCAGCUCCUUUCUAAAUGCAGUGUCUAUAGCCGAGGAGCUUCUUACUGCGCUGCGCCACAGGUCUCCAUACAGUGGCCAUGUAGACUCUUCCCUCAGUUGUCUGAAGAACUUAAGGAACAGACUGCAAGCCAGGACUCCGAAAUCCCCAGAUGAUGACCGAGACAGUGACAUUGUAAUGGCUGAUGCUGUUGAAGACGUAGCUCUGCCUCCACAAGUUUCUCCCCAGGAAGUGUGGGCUUUGUUCGAGAGCAUCUGGCAUAACUUAUGCAACUUCAGCUCGGCUGUUUUCAAAGCACUUGGCUACUCUCCAGACUCAGUGGGUCCAGUAGAGUCAUGCUCCAUGUCGCCCCCCCAGGACCCCCUCAGCUGCCUCCACAGGCUCCAUGCUGCUGUUGAGCAACUGCUUGAAGCUUUUCAACGGUUAUUGUCUGCGGGCAGCACCGUAGAAGAUGCUCAGGCUCUACUUACCUUCAUUAACACUAGUAAGAUCACUGCCGUGGAACCACGCUUCACUGCCGAGGACCUGUUUGAGUGCCUGUCUCACCAGGAGUACAGGGAGAAGCUGUCUGUAGGAGGAACGCAGCUGAUGGGACUGCGAGGGAAACUGCAUCAGUGCGCAGCCACCGUCUGCAAUACACCUUCUCUGUUAUAGCCCAGAUUUAUUACAAAUAAGCCCACAUGCUCUUUCCCAGUCAGCUGCUUCAUAUUCAUCUGAUGAAUACUGUAAGUAAAUAUUUGCUGACUUUAUAACAAGACCUCUAAAAACCUCAUGAUCUGAACGCCAUUACAGCGUGCCUUUUUCCAGUCAGUGUGUGAGGUAAAGUUAAUCAUUCAAGGUGUUGUGUGUUCGUGGUUUUUUUUUUUGCAUGUCUGAGGACCAGACUGUAAAACAAAUCCGAUAUCUACACCUGAUACGACUAUUAGAUUGUGUUCCUAGACUUUUUGUAUCCGGAAACUACCUCAGAAUGAAAAGGAAAAGAAAAAAAUGCAGCCAUGUUUUAAAGCCUUAAAAACCUUUGGUCAAAUCGGGUUCAUUCAUUCAGUCACUUUUUACGUUGCCUUUUAAUUGUUUAUUUAUUGUCAGACUUUUGCCUUUAAUCAAAUUGCAUUUGUACUACAUGAAAUCCGUUCAAAGGUUCGCACUGAUUGUCAGACGUGAGGAGAAAGUUCUAGAAAUUUCAACUGAUUUUUUUUUUUUUACAAUAUAUUUUGUAUUGGUUGAAAAAUGUUGCCAGUAAAUCUAUUUAUUUCUGCUUUAUAUGGUGUGUGUGUCAUCAAACUUGCUUCCUGAGGAAAUGAGGAUUAGAAACGCUUGCUCUGAAAGGAUCAGGAGGGGCGCUGGAGAUUACACCGACUCUCAUGAACACCGGUAAGAUCUAUGACACGAGCGAGACGAGAUCAGGAUCUUUAAUGGCAUCAGGGUCGUGUUCACAUUUAGUCAGGAAUGUUUAUGGUGUAAAUCUGAGAGGCUCAUUAGUGGACGAUGGUGUUUGGGUGUAAAUUCAGAAAUUAGAAAUUUUACAAAUGCAGGGGAAAUCAGGAAUAAAUCUGACGUGUGUGUGUGUGUGUAUAUAUAUAUAUAUAUAUAAACACACACACACACAUCACAGUCAGGUGUCUGCAUACUUUUGUUUGUGCAGCUUAAAGGUCCACCAGGUUUCUUUCACUUCCUGAAAAUGUUGCUACUGUUGGAAACCUUCCAUGGGAAAUUCAUCAGGGGAAUUUUUGGAAAUUUACUGGGAAUUGAUGGGAAUUCAUUAGAAAAUUUGGGGAUAUAUAAACUCAUAUACAAGUAAAUCUAAACAUUUUGUUGACUUGCAGGAAAUCUAAAACAUUUUUGACUUGAUUGAUCAAAUUUAAUCACAGCACUAAACAGAAAUGUAUAUUUAUGUAAAUUCCCACCCAGACGGACAGGAUUCAAGAAAUGUUGUAUUGCAUUAUGGGGGGGAAUGUGCAGUGCGUGUAGGGGGCGUGGCCUCAGUCGCCCUGCAGCAUGUGAUUGAUAAAUGUGCAGAAUGGGGAUUUUGCAAUCCUACUUUGUGGUAAAAUGUCUAAAAAGUGUGUCGAUGAUUGAUUUUGGGAAAACCCUAAGCAGGAUCAUUAUUAGUAGAUGUAGAAUGCGACAUUAGAAGCACGUUAAUCCCAUGUGAAGGUGUCAGUUGGAAAAAAAAAAAAUUUGGUUCAUUAAACCAAAGCAACUCGAGUGCUUUCAUGACUCAUCCCCUGGUUAUGUGGCGACAUCAGAGUGCCUCUCAGGCCUUUCGGAAACAUCCUUUUAAAUCCCUAUAACCCACAGCUUUGACACUGUGGCCUAAUUCCCCUAGAGCGACCAGUGUGUGCGUCACUUCUGCCUAGCGAGAUAUAAUACUACUGAAUGAGUGCAACUGAGGAGGGAGGGGAUUGAUAAGCACCACUCUGAAAAUAAAUAAAAACAGUACAAGCACACAUUUCCUGGCUGAUAAAUACGUGCACCUUCAUGUACCUGGUGCGAAAAAGGACACAUUCAUUAAAUUAGAUCCUCACGUAACUCGCAUUAAGACUGCUUCAUUGUGGGGGGAAAAAAAAUAAUAAUCUAUUCAUUACCGUGCACAUAAUAGUUUGUGUUCGCACAUCCCCCAUGAGCCGGUUUGUAAUAAAAGGACGAGACAAGUUUGAGGCUGAAAUGGUCUAUUUGUUAAUAUAGGAUGGCAACAAGUGAUGUACAGAAUCUUGCUCAUUGUUUUCAGUAAAAAAAAAAAAAAAAAAAAGUUAGUCUAACUGCAGAUUUGAGUUAGCAGGAACAUUGUGUGUGUGUGUGUGUGUGUGUGUGUGUGUGUGUGUACACUCAUUCAACCAAACUGGCACUGAUUUAAGGUUCGUGAGUCUGUGUAGCUCAUCUAAUCGAUCAGCAGUAUAUCAAAAAUAUAUUUAAAAAAAGGCCAUCGUUAGCGACUGAA